AUGCUUCCUGAUGACGGGACAAUAAAACAAGGAGCGCUGAGGAAGGAUGAGGAGUGGGGAGGCCUGGGACGCCUCAGGAUUCAUCUGAGGAGCAGAGGAAGUGUCUGGGGAGGGGGAGAUCUGCUCUCUCCCACCCUGGAGGAGGUGUCUGGGGAGGUGUCUCGCUCAGCAGCACUGAGACGCACCAGCUCCAAACCGACCUCUCCGGCCUCAGACGACGCCAACGGAGCCAUGCCUGUGCCCAAGAAAUCUGGGAGGAAGAACAGCAGCGCGCCGGAGUUCCAGCCGCCACCAUACGACGCCUCUCUGCCAGAGCCCACCUCCAGAGAUGAUUUUAUCAAACACUGGCUCCCUGUGAGUCUGGACGAUCGCACAGCUCAGAAGUUGCUUUGGAUCUCGGAGGGCGGAGCUAAAGUGGCGAGGACGUCAGAGGCCGUGUGUCCUUACCCGACCCGCCCUGAACGCUAUGACCACUCCCCUCAGGUGCUGUGUAAGGAGGGAGUCUUUGGAUUCCGGGCGUACUGGGAGGUGGACUUCGACGGCUGGGUGGUGUUGGGGGUGGUGGGGGAGAGCGCUCCACGAAAAGUCCAGGAUGGGCCCUGCGGUCUGGGGGAGAACAACAGCUCGUGGGGCGUGGGCUGGGCCGGAUCCUGUUACCAGGUUUGGCACAACGCCGAGAACACAGAUGUUACUCUGCCUCUCUCUGGGACCAUGGGCAUCUACGUGGACCAGCCCGCCGGCAUCAUCAAGUUCCUGUUGGUCGAGGGUUCGGAGGAGGGAGCUAGAGAGGUGCGAGUCAUCAGCAAAUUCAAGGCAGAGUCCCAAGAGAAGCUGCUGCCGGGGUUUUGGGUGGGGACAAACUCGUGGUGCAUGAUAAAGAAAAGGGAUGCAUGA